CCUCUUUCAUUGUCCCUAGUCUUACACAUAUUCUUGUAUAAAUGUGUAUAUAUAUAUUCCUCUUGUUCGUUCCACUUCACAAUCCUCUUUCUGAACAUUCUCACAUAACAAUCCUAUAACACUUUAACACUUUCUUUUUUAUAAACCAUGUCUACUUCUCUUGAUUAUGACCUCUCACAAAAACACCAAAAACUUCUUGACCUUAUAGAGGAUGUUACUACACACGCAUAUGAAAUCCAAAAGAAAGUGUUAGCUGAAAUUCUGUCUCACAAUGCAAAUGUUGAGUACUUACAAAGACAUGGUCUCAAUGGCCAAACAGAUAGUGAAACCUUCAAGAAACUUGUCCCUAUCAUAACCUAUGAAGAUAUCAAAAAUGAUAUUAACCGUAUUGCCAAUGGUGAUACUACUUCAAUCCUCACUGCCAACCCCGUUUCAGUGUUUCUCUUGAGCUCAGGAACAUCUGGUGGUGAGAGAAAGAUGAUACCAGCAAUUGAAGAAGAUUUUGGAAGAAGAUAUUUAAUAUUUCGACUAUUAAUGCCAAUAAUGAAUCAAUUUGUUCCUGACCUAGAUAAAGGAAAAGGAAUGUACCUAAUGUUUACAAGAAAUGAAUCUAAAACACCAGGAGGCAUUAAAACUAGUGCAGCCCUCACAAGAUUUUACAAAAGUUCUCAUUUUUUAAACAGAUCUUACAAUCCAUUCACAAGUCCAAAUGAAACUGUUCUCUGUCUUGACUCAUACCAAAGUAUGUAUUCACAACUUCUAUGUGGUCUUUGUCAAAACAACGAGGUCCUUCGUGUCGGUGCUGUUUUCGCUACAACUCUCAUUCACGCUGUUCGGUUCCUCGAGAAAAAUUGGUCACUUCUCUGCGAUGAUAUAAGAACAGGAACAAUUAAUCCUCUCAUCACUGACAUUUCAGUGAGAGAGGCUGUUAUGAAAAUUCUUAAAUCUGACAAAAAUCUUGCUGAUUUUAUUCAGAGUGAGUGUAGCAAGGGUUCUUGGCAAGGUAUUAUUACUAGGUUGUGGCCUAAUACUAAGUAUGUUGAUGUUACUGUGACAGGAUCAAUGUCACAGUACAUUCCUACUUUGGAUUACUAUUGUAAUGGUCUUCCACUUGUUUCUAACAUUUAUGCUGCUAGUGAAGGUUUCUUCGGUGUUAACCUUAAUCCGCUUUGUAAACCUUGUCAUGUGUCUUAUACCCUUAUCCCUACCAUGUGCUACUAUGAGUUCUUACCUGUUAAUAGAAGUAAUGAUCCUGUGAAUGAGAAAGAACAAGAGUUGGUGGAUCUUGUUGAUGUCAAGCUUGAUCAAGAAUAUGAGCUUGUUGUUACCACUUAUGCGGGACUUUAUAGGUACAAAGUGGGAGAUGUAUUGAAAGUGACUGGAUUCAAGAACAAUGCACCACAAUUCGAAUUUGUCUGCAGAAAACAUGUUGUUCUAAGCAUAGAUUCAGACAAGACAGAUGAAGUUGAGCUACAUAAUGCAAUAAAAAAUGCGGUCACACAUUUAGCACCAUAUGAUGCAGAUGUAGCAGAGUACACUAGUUAUGCAGACACAAGAACAAUUCCAGGACACUAUGUGUUGUAUUGGGAAUUAAACCUUAAAGACUCAACAACAAUUCCAGAUUGUGUUUAUGAAGAUUGUUGUUUAACUAUUGAAGAGUCACUUAACAGUUUUUAUCGACUACGUCGUGUUUUAGACAAAUCAAUUGGGGCACUUGAGAUUAAGAUUGUGGAGCAGGGGACAUUUGAUAAACUUAUGGAUUAUGCUAUUAAUUCAGGAUCAUCAAUUAGUCAAUAUAAGACUCCAAGGUGUGUGAAAUUUGCACCUGUUGUGGAGCUUUUGGAGUCUGGAGUUUUGGCAAAGUAUUUUAGUCCUAAAUGUCCACAAUGGGAUCCUAGUCAUAAAUAAUGGAUUAAUAAAAGAAUUGAAAGAGUGGUUAUGUAGUUAGAGAACUUUCUUGGUUGUUCAUAUGGACAUCUUAGAGGUUUCUCUAAUUAUAAUAAAGUUAUCCAUGUUUGUAUGUUUCUUUAGAUCCAUUGUUUGUUCAACUUUGAGUUGGGUCUGGUACUUGCAUAAUCCAUAGAGAUCCUAUUAUUCAUGCUUGAAUAAAUUUAACAUUAUGACUACUACUACUUGCAUCGUGUUUUAAUGUACUUAUGUUUUGUAUAA